AGGAGAAGGAGAGAGAGAGAAAGAAAGGAAGAGAGAUGUUGGGAAGAAGGAACGGUGGCCAGUCUGUUACUAAAGAGAGGGGGAAAGGAUGGCUCCUGCCUCUAAAUCCUCUUCUCAAUUCAAGGAGAGUCCAUGAUGGCCAGUCCUUCCCAGCAGAAAGCUCCAAAGGCAGAAGGAAAUAAUACUACUCUGAUUAUCAAAUUCAGUUCCAAACUAAGUCCCCUCCCAUGUCAGCUGGUGCCCAUAAACAAGUUGAUAGACCAUCUGUUUGAGGGUUCUCAGCCACCCAGGUUCAGUGUUCUGAGGAGUAAUGGAGUAUUGUGGGUUUGAAACUCCUUGGCCUGGAAAGCAGGGACCUAGGUGCUAACUCCAGUUCUAUCUCACUUAGCUAGCCAUGGUCACCAGUUCUAUCUCUACGUGACUAGUUAGAUGACCUUAGUCACCAGUUCUAUCUCACUUAGCUAGCCAUGGUCACCAGUUCUAUCUCUGCGUGGCUAGUCAGAUGAUCUUGUUCAAGUCCCUCCUCCUCCCGGAUUUGGUAAUUCUAUCCAGAAAAUUAGGAGUUUGAACUAUAUGAUCCUUAAAAUACUUUCCAGCUUAGAAAUUUCAUGUUAAGCUCCCAGGAAGAGUCAGAAAAUGUUGUCAACUGGUAUAGUGACCACUUAAAAAGUAUCAGAGUACUUUCUAUAGGCUUGUGAACCCUUUGCGAUUAUUUCAUCUCUCAGGUGGGUAGGAAGCAGGUGGUACCAGGCAACUAUGGAGGGAAAAAAAGGGAAGGGAUCAGGUGAAAUCUCUGCCCAUGCAAAAGAUUUUCAGGAAGGGAAUCCACACGGCCUCUUUCAGAAACUCCAGUUAAGAAGGGUUUCUUGGUAUGUCCCUGCUGCCAUCAUAGACUAUUUCAUCUCAUUCUGUCCUCAUUCGUAUCAGUGGAUAGUAUCAUUCACUAUUCACUUCAUGAUUGCCUCUGUACCAUUAUCUUUUAUAUUUAAUCCCAGGCCCUUUAUCCUUGGGAUUUGUGUUGAUUCUCAAACUUAGAGGCUCCUUCUGUAUAGUUUCUAGGUUAGGGGAAGGUUAGGACUCCUAUGCUUCUCAAAAAUAGUUGCCUAUUACAUUCAUCUAGUGCUUUAUUAGCCUCUGGAAACAUGAGGAGUAGCCUUGAAACUUCCAGGCUGGAGGGAAACCUAAUAACUGAAAGUUUUCAAAAGGAAACCAGCAGAAAAGGAGGGCAGCUUGAGACUUGGACUCUGAAGACUACCUGACUUUAGCUCUAAGAUGAUGUGGAAUCCUCCCAAUCUCAAGGAAAACCCACUCUGGAGACUGUUCUCUCCUCUGAGUCUUAGUUCCAAACUGGAUGCACCAUUUGAAAGUUAAACUAUUAACAGAGACAGAGAUAAACAGAAUCAAAGGUAUAGAGACACACAAGCCAGAGAUGGAAAGGAUAGUUGUUUUCUAGUUAAGCAAAGGAAUGGAUGGGAGAUCCCAUAGGACUGGGGUGGGGGGGGGGGGGAACAGCUAGAAAGGAGUUGAUUGGUUAGCAGUAAUGAUAAAAAUCCUGAUUGGCCACACUUCUAACUUGGCUGGCACCUUCAUUCCCUCCUCCCCUCAUCUCUCUGCACAACUCCAAACUACACACCCAGUCAUCAGCUCGUAGAAGCUGUGGGCUCCAGUCCAGGGCAGAAAAGCCAGGACAGAACCAUGAGGAUCUCUGCCCUCCUGGGACUGAUAUCCCUGGUCAUCCAGGAGACAGAAGCUUUGCCACUCUGGACGGAGGGAGCAGCGAAGCAGGAAGAACUCCAAGAUGAAGGGACAGCCGACAACAAUCUAGAGCUGGGGAGCUAUGACCCGAAUCUGGAUAAUUAUGACUUUAGCAACUAUGAAGAACGAGCUAUAAAGAGUGACUAUGGAGACUUGACCCCAAAGACUCAAGCAGGCACCCUGGCCCCUUCAACUAUGAGUGCAUCCACCAAGAUAGUGAUGGCCACCAAGGGCCCAAGGACAUGGACUUCUGUCACCAACCCUUCCAUAUCUAGCCUACUUAACUUGCUGACUGCCAUGGGUUUGCCCACCUGUCUGAUCUGUGUGUGCCUUGGCACCUCUGUGUACUGUGAAGAUGUUGAUCUGGAUCACAUCCCUCCUCUGCCCCAGGAGACAACUUAUCUUUAUGCCCGCUUUAAUCAUAUCACUCAUAUCCAGUCAGGAGAUUUCAAAGGGCUAAGAAAACUAAAGCACAUUGACCUCUCAAACAACUGCAUCUCUACCAUUGAAGAGGAUGCUUUCCUAUUACCUGUCCUUCAAGAAUUGCUCAUCCCAGAGAACAACCUGGCAUCUCUGCCUAGGCUCCCUGCUAGUCUUGUGAGACUUGAUGCCCAAUUCAACAAGCUCCAAAGCUCAGGAAUCCUACCAGAGAGUUUCAAAGAGCUGAAGAACCUGCAGUUUCUCUACCUGUCGAAUAACAAGCUGGACUAUAUCCCUGUGCCCUUGCCCUUGAGCCUGCGUUCUCUACACUUGCAAAACAAUCACAUCCAGACGAUUGCUGAAGAUACCUUCUGUGACCCUCAGGACCAGACGCACAUCCGAAGGACCCUGGAAGACAUCCGCCUGGAUGGCAAUCCCAUCAACCUCAGCUUCUUUCCUAAUGCUUACUUCUGCCUCCCCCGACUCCCCAUAGGCAGUUACAUUUGACUCUGAUCUUAGACAUAUAGAAUCACUGGGGUUUAGAUCUGGGAGAGGUCUUCUAGCCCAACCCCUCAAUUUUAUAGAUGGGGAAACUGAAGUCCAGCAGGUUAAAUGAUUUAUCCAAAGUAAUAAGGUAAGUGCAUAAUGGAACUAGGAAUUUAUAUCUGCUCUGACUGCAAAUACAGUUCUCUUUCCACUACUCCAUACUGUCUCGGAGAAGAACAGAACUGGAAUGGAAUGUAAAUAAAGAAUAAGAUUAGCCUCCUUGUUCCUGGGAAUUAUUUGAGGCAGCCAGAGACAAAUCUUGGCCCAGGAUCUGAAAAAAAAUUCAGGGUGAAUUAAUAGAUAUUAGAACAUGGUGAUUUUUGAGAAGCAGGAUGAGGGGAAAGCUUACUCUCUGGGCUCUGAUCCUCAGUAGCUUCAUCUGUAAAAUAAGGAUAAUGAUGUUUUACUAGGUAUCCUGUUUUAUGACUCUUUUUUUCCCCUUUUAAUCUUUAGGAGUUAAUUCAUUUAUGUAUAUACAAUGAAUACUCACUAGGUGCUUGUUAUCAAUGAUGGGGACAGUGAUAAGGAUGAACCUCUUCUCCAGACUUCAAUUUCCUCAUUUAAAACAAAACUGUUGGACUAGUUGGUCCCUUAUCUGAGGACGUGUCAUGGUGAAAUGCAAUGGUUCCCAAUAUUUUUUUUUUGUUCCUUAAACCCCCUUUCAACAACAACAAAAAUGUGUUGUAAAUCCCCAGAGUAAUUAAUAUCCUACUCAUAAUAUUUUUAAACUAUUAUUUACUGCAUACACCAUCAUUAAAGAAUGUUUAGUGCAAACCCCUUAGGCCAUCCUGGAAAACCUGCAGGAAAUCUCUAAAUAGGUACCAUUGGUAUAAUAGAGGGAGCCCUGGAUUUGAAGUCAAAAGAGUCCAUCCCAGUUUUGCUCUUCUCCGAAGCAAAGCAGAGUAAUGGAAAGAACAUUGUAUUUGCAGUCAGAGUAGUUGAGUUCAAAUUCUUAGUUCCAUUAGGCACUUAUCUUUUGACUUUGGGCAAGUCAUUUAAUUUCUCCGGGCCUCAGUUUCCCCAUCUGUAAAGUGGAGAGGUUGAGCUAAAAGAUCUCUAAGGCCCCUCUCAGAUCCAAAUCUUAAGAUUCUUUGAGUCUACUCUGGGGUCUUCUUCCUAUCCUCCAGAUAGAAACCAUCUUUGGAAACCCCCUGUUCUCUUCACCUGUUUCUUUCUCUUUGGGGGAGGACACAAUAGAAAGAACAUUGCCUUUGGAGUCAGAGAAGCUUGGCUAUAAUCCUGCCUUUGCCAGUUAGAAUCUGUGUGACCUUGUACAAAUCAAUACAUCUUUGGGGGCUCAUCUCACUCAUCUAUAAAGUGAAUAGAGUAAAUAAGACUCAACUCAAAACUCAUUUUCUGCAGAAUUCCUUUUCUGCUCCCUCCUCUAGCUACUUGUGCCUUUUUCCCUAAGAGAAAUCUAUAUUUAUUACACACACUGGGUUAUUUUCAUAUUUGUGUCAUCAUUGGAAUGUGAGCUCUUUUAGGGCAGGAAUUGUUUUUACCCCUU